UCUCAGAAACUUCCUUGUGUGUACAAUAAGUCGUUUGUCUUAAAACUCUACGCCGGGUGCCAGCAUCCAACUCUUGACUCUUCAUCUUUCUUCUUCUUCUUCUUCUUCUUCUGCAGAACCGGAGCACAUCACAUUAAAUUCUCUUCAUUCAAAUCGGAGCUACCCAAGUAGCCCAACCGUUUGAAGUGGGACAGGACAGGACAGGACAAGACCCAAAACUGGUGGUGGGCUCCCCUUCUUACUCUUUCUCUCUCUGAAAGAGGCUAAGGCUGAGGAGAAGUUGAUCCAUUUGAUAAAAUCCAAUUUAUUUUGCUUCUAGGCUUGAGAUGGUUUCCAUAGAUGAAAAGACAGACCUUGAAUAUGAUGAAGAGAUCCCUUUUAGCUCGUCAUCAGCCACCAGUAAAAUGGAGGCUUUGGACUUUGAGAUGAUUCAUUUGCAUUCCCGGGCAGAAUUGGCAAACUCAUGGAUUUCAAGACAUAUACGGAUGAGAGUUCCGAAGAGCAUCUACUUUGUCUUGAUCAAAGCAAAAAUCAACGUAUUGCUACCAUUUGGUCCGUUAGCGAUUUUGCUACAUUACCUUACUGGACAGCAUGGAUGGGUUUUCUUCUUCAGCUUAGUGGGCAUUGUGCCUUUGGCAGAGCGUCUAGGAUAUGCGACUGAGCAACUUGCUUUCUACACAGGACCAACAGUUGGAGGUCUUUUAAAUGCCACAUUUGGAAAUGCAACGGAAAUGAUUAUAUCAAUUUAUGCAUUAAAGAAUGGAAUGAUUAGGGUUGUUCAGCAAUCUUUAUUGGGAUCAAUCUUGUCCAACAUGCUUUUAGUGCUCGGAUGUGCCUUCUUCACUGGUGGAAUCGUUCAUUACCAGAAAGUUCAGGUUUUCAACAAGUCUGCCGCUGUUGUGAAUUCAGGAUUGCUGUUGAUGGCUGUCAUGGGGUUAAUGUUUCCAGCUGUGCUUCAUUCUACACACUCAGAGGUCCAUAUUGGGAAGUCAGAGUUAUCUCUUUCAAGAUUUAGCAGCUGUGUAAUGCUAGUGGCAUAUGCGAGCUACCUUUUCUUUCAACUUAGAAGUCAUCGUAAUCUUUAUAGUCCUAUUGAGGAGGAAGGAAACCAGGGUGGAGAUGAUUCCGAUGAAGAGGAGGCGCCUGAGAUAACUCACUGGGAAGCAAUUGGCUGGCUUGCUAUUUUAACUGUGUGGGUAUCCAUUUUGUCUGGAUACCUUGUUGAUGCUAUCCAGGGAGCAUCUGACUCAUUCAACAUGCCUGUGGCAUUUAUCAGUGUUAUACUGCUCCCAAUUGUAGGAAAUGCUGCAGAGCAUGCAAGUGCUAUCAUGUUUGCCAUGAAGGACAAGCUUGACAUCACACUUGGAGUUGCUAUUGGAUCUUCUACACAAAUAUCCAUGUUUGUGAUUCCCUUCUGUGUAGUUGUUGGGUGGAUCAUGGGACAGCGAAUGGACUUGAAUUUUAAACUCUUUGAGACUGCUACACUUUUUAUUACAGUGUUAGUAGUGGCAUUUAUGUUGCAGGAAGGGACAUCAAACUAUUUUAAAGGCUUGAUGCUUAUUUUGUGCUAUCUCAUAGUUGCAGCCAGUUUCUUUGUACAUGUCGAUCCUUCAGAUGCUGAUGAUUAAACUAACCAUUGGAAUGGUGGCCAUGCCUGUAAGAAUCUAUCUAUCUAUCUAUCUAUCUAUAGAUUCUAUAGUAUCUGCAUGCAAAGAGGUGGUAGGAGACAUACAGGAAGCAAUGCUUCCGCAGCCUUCUCAAGCCUGUGAUAUGCAUUUUAUUUGCUUUAUUUUUGUUGAUCAUAGAACGGAAAAUCCGAAUGAUCCCCCAAGCAUCAAAAGUCUGCAAACUUCCUCAGCUUUGUAUAAUAGAGUAGUAUAAUUCUUUUCAGAAGCAUGGACACUCCCUUUUGCAAUGGUUUUCGACAAAAUGACACGCCUCACUUUCGAAUCAAAAUUUUGUUCUUCCAUCUUUGUUCACUUAUGUUGUGAUCUCUCAAUAAUGUUCAGCCAAUGCCGUAUUUUAAUUUCAAGAUAUUUCAAAACGAUUAAUGUAUCUGUUCACUUGAUGAUUA